UCAAAUGAAAAAUUCAUGCGAAGCUUCUUUCAACGAAAUAAGAGAAUCGAUUACUUUGUGUAACUGUGUUUAUUGAUUUACGAAGAGGGAGGAAUACAGGAACUGGAAAUUAGCAAAGCGGAGGAAGCGGAGAUCUGAGAGCCGCGUUAAAAGAAGCGGACGAAGGGAAACACAGAGCCAGCAAAAUGGAACGAAGACGGUUGAAAAGCGGUUCAAAGGCGGUCGUAAUUAUUUUUUCAACACACAAACGAGCACGAAAGCGAACCGUAGAGACGAAAGGGAGAGGAGUAGAGUGAAUUAUUAGCGGACACACGCGGAGGUCAGCGAUGUGCAUCCAAGUGUCCGCUGACACAGCCUAGCCCCUUUACCUCUCGAUUUCAACGUGUCUCCAGAUAGAUAAAAAUUCUUUAAGAUACGUCAAAAACAUUGUCGAACGACGUUAAGAUCCAGAAAUAUUUAUCUUCUAUCAGGAAGCGUAGAAUUUCAUUUCCUAUCCAGUCUUAUAUUGCUCGCUCGGAUACGAUCAACGUUAACGACGUCGACUUUACAUAAUCGUGGCGUUGCACACGGCAGUAACGUUAAUUGCGCAAGGGGCCAUAAUAAAAUGUAUCGAAAACUGUCGAACACGCAUGCAGGGAAAGCUUACGAGUUCAUUGUUCCGAGGAGGUCGGUUCGGGCCAAUUACGCCUAAAAACGCAUUACACACCGCGACGCUUAAUCGUCUAAUUAGCGGGAACGGUAUGGGCCGCGCGAUUAACGUUGCGCAACGGCGAAUAAAAAUUUGCUGAAACAGUGAUUCACGCGAAGCCGAUCACGGUCCUCGAUUCACUCGACGCGGAAAUUUUGCGUGCGGUACUAACACAAGUUUUCGUUCAUAGCGUGCGAACGAAUAAUUUGCUACUUUUACCAUGUGAAUGGUUGUUCUUGUGUGAACACGAAGUGAAGUAUGAAAAGCAGGUAUAAUUUCAGACAUCGCAGAAUUCGUUUCGUAAUAAUAAUUAUUUACUUAACUGAUUUUUUAAUAUGUACUUCUUGCGUUCUUUUUUCUUUUGCAAGGAAAGAGCUUAAAGUGUCACGGCAAUGGCUAAUGAGUUAGAAUUUGCAAGCGUAUUAUUCGAAAGUUUCACGUAACCCACCCGAUUUAUUGUGAUGGAGAGUGCGUAAUUACUAUGCCGGCGCUGGCCUGCCACCGACUGAGGUGAAUAGUAAAAUGUUUGCUGCUUUUAUCGGAUAGUAAAACAGAGAGUGAUUGACUGUGCGAUCGUAAAUGAAAAUUAUGGUGAAACACGAGCUAACAGGCAUUUGUAGAAUCCCUAAUUUGCAAAACGCAAUGAUAGUAUCUAGCAUGCCAGGCAGCUUCACUUAAGAAAGAAUGAUUAGUUAUUUAUUUUUUUAACAUUCUACCCACGAGGAAGAUAACGAUUGAAAUAAUAAUUGGACCAUCUGGUGUCGGUUUUACAGCUGCAGAAAAAGCAGAAGCCGUAAAUCGGGGACAGGACGCGUUCUUACGCCACUGAGGCGCCAGGAUUAGACAAACGGGAAUACCUACAGGUGAAUAGUGUUCAGAAUGAAAAGGAACAGGUUCAGCAAGAAGGGGUCCAUCGUGUUCCCGAUUCUAUAAUUCAAUCCUACUUCAAUAUUCACGAAAUAUAAUAUCAAAAUCUUCAUGGAUAUCAGAGUACCUAAAUUUCUAUUUAAAGCACAUUUUGCCAAAAGCGUAUCAAAAAUAUUUUGUAUUGCAUAAAUUCGAACAUCUCGCCUUUUAGUUCAAUAUUUAAUUGCCAUCUUUAGAGCAUUGAACUAUGCGAGACAAGCAAUCGUAAGGAAUAUGAAUUAAACAUUCAGACGACCUUCGACAUUAUAAUUAAAGGGGAAAAAAAGUGAUAUCUUACGCCAGUGUAAAGAACACCGGUCGAAUGGGGUAUCAGGUGAAGUGCUGCCACCAUAGGAGGAAAAUCUACAGGUGAAUGAGCAGUCCUGGUGUGCAGGGAUCGUGAAAACGAGCAGCAGGUCUUCGUGAAGUAAGAGGGUUGCCCGUCUCUCCCACUUCAGGGCCCGUCGGACGAGUGGUAGGGGAUCUACGACGCUUGCGCGCCGACGUCUGGGUCCUGUGACCGAUCGCAGCGGCCAGCUACGGGGGCCCAAAGUCUGUUUCCAUCGCGAGGGAAGGCCUCGGGUCUGCUCGUCUCGUCAGUCCGCGUUUUCCCGCGUUUCUUUCGCAUCGCCGCGACUUUCCACCGCGAAAAUCGGUUCAUCGCGAGUGCACCACGUGAGCCACCGGAUAUCGGACGCACGCAGGAGUCGUUUUCAGGCCCCCAGAGGAGAGAUCACUGGGUUUACUGUGUGCUUAAGUGUCAUGGAGAUCUAGGAACGCCAGCAAGGAAUCGAUACGUAUGAGAGUCGAUACCGGGUGAUCGUGAUCAGGUGAGGGUCCAAGAAGCGUUUCGGUGAGGCGUAUUCGAGAUGUCGAUGUGCGAUGGUAUGGAUAACCCAGCGUUCGCCAGCGACGAGUGCACGAUCGAGGCGAAGCUGGAGGAUAGCCAGCAGCAGCAAGUAACCUUGGACCGUGAUCACAAGUCGGAGCCCGUGGAGAACGGGCACGGAAGGACCAGCCCGGAUCCGCACCACAGGACCGAGACUAAGAUCGAGCUACCAGAAUCGAACGAAAAGACCGUUGAACCGAAGCUGAACGGUGUACACGGGAACGGGAAUAAUAACGAUGCCAGCUUCUUGAACAACAGCGCGACCAGCGUUCAGAUCAAUGACACUGGAAAGAAGGAGCAAAUCGAGGCGGUGAAUUUGGAGUUGGUCUCGAUGAGGCCCUACGCGGGCAACAAUCUACAGACGAAGGGUCAAGAGGCCUGCGAAGUUCCAGCUGAUCCCUACGAAGAGUAUUUCGUUCCGGUGAACGAGCAUCGAAAGUACAUCAGCAGGGGUCCCGAGGCCGAGGUUGAAACGACCGUGGCUGGAGUGCGUUUUGAUUUGGGCCCCGGCGUCGGCCGCGAGGGACUCAGCCUGAGAGACCCAGCCGCCGGACUGGUCGACUAUUCCCACUGGCUGACAGCCCUCAGGGGCGAGAAGCUUUACGUGACUAAGGACAAAAGGUCCAGGAGCUCCUACUGGAGAAGGAUGGCCUGCUGGGGAUGUGGUUUAGUCGUACUACUGGUAGCAGUCAUCAUUGCCAUUUUGGCUGGAACUGGAGUAAUUCUGACGCAAGAAGCCUCGGAACCACUGGAGAAUCUCCAACAGACUAACUCCCGACAGUUUGGUGACGUGCGGACGGCGGGAAGUCAAGAAUACGUGAAGGAUCCUCCAUCGAGUCCACCACCAGCGACUUCCAGCGUUCCACCCUGGCCAACGACCGACGAAACGAUUUACAACAUUGUUCCUAAUGCUUUAGACGGGGUAUUGAAACUUGACGAGUUCCGAUGGGACACGGAGAUGGACGAUCCCAAAUCGAGAGUAUACAGACAAGUUACUUCGGACAUAGAAGACUACUUGAAGAGCACGCUGCAGCAGCCUGAUAACGAAACGAUCGUAAAAGUGUACGACAUAAACAAAGAUGGAGAAGUGAGGUUUCGAAUCAGUUAUCCACCCCGUUCGGUGCCCGAAGAGAUGCAGCGGAUGAUCGAAGAAACGGUGCAGACUAAUGGCAACAUGAUUGGACGUUACCACUUGAACAGUCUCAGAGUGAAUAAAUUAGUGGAUCAAUGUGAAAAUAAUAAUCUUGGUUGUUCCGAACAGUGCAAAUACGAUUAUUCUAAAGGACUUUUCGUUUGUGUUUGCAAUGCUGGGAAAAUGUUGGAUAAUGAGGGGAAGAAUUGUAUCGAUGAGAAUGAUUUGAGUAACGUGGAAAUGGACGACGAGGUACUGCAGGGUAAUACGAAAAUAGUGCAGGACACUGUUCAAGGAAGGAGCAGGGGACCUGGGUCUGUUUUUGAACCCAGGAGGCCUGACGAGUGGGGCCACGUGGACGUCAGUACCGAAAGUGCAAGUACGAGUCAAAGCGAUAAAUCUAUAGAAUCAAAUGAUUCGGGACAUGAUCAUUCGAUGCACGAUCAUUCGGAACACGGUCACUCAAUGCACGAUCAUUCGGAACAUGAUCACUCGAUGCACGAUCAUUCAGGACAUGAUCAUUCGGAACAUGAUCACUCGAUGCACGAUCAUUCAGGACAUGAUCAUUCGGAACAUGAUCAUUCCAUGGACGAUCAUUCAGGACAUGAUCAUUCAAUGCACGAUCAUUCGAUGCACGAUCAUUCGAUGUCUGAUCACUCGAUGCAUGAUCAUUCGGAACAUGAUCAUUUUACUGUUGAGCCAAAGUCGGAACCAGAACCGUCUGCUGUACCAGAACCAUCAACAGAACCGGAACCUUCUGCAGAACCAGAACCAUCAGCAGAACCAAAACCAUCUGCUGAACCAGAACCAUCAGCAGAACCAGAGCCAUCAGCAGAACCAGAACCGUCAGCAGAACCAAAACCUUCUGCUGAACCAGAACCAUCUGCAGAACCAGAACCAUCUGCAGAACCAGAACCGUCAGCAGAACCAGAACCUUCUGCUGAGAACCAAAACCAUCUAGAACCAGAGCCAUCAGCAGAACCAGAGCCAUCAGCUGAACCAGAAUCAUCAGCUGAACCAAAACCUGUCGAAGACCUGAGUUUCGUUAACCCGAUAGCUUCUACAGAAAUGAAAAGCAGCACUGAGACAACCAUUCCUAGUGAAGUGAAGACAACCAUUCCUACAGUAGCUUCUGACGAGUUGAGAUCGAAUACAGAAGCCUCUGUGGAACUAAAGUUCUCUAGUGAUCCAGAAUCUUCAACAAAGUCAACGAGUGAACAUUCUGUAAUAUUAAACCAACCAGAUUUCACUACUAUAUCUGGAAUGUCUGACGAAAUGACGACUACUGAACAUGAAGUACUGACAUCGCCAGAUACCACGACUGAUCACGGCGAUGUUGAACAUUCCACCGAAAUGCAAGAUACUACGAAGUCUGAAGACACCACAGAGAAAAUCUCGUCUACCGAAUCAAUGCAUAAAGCAAUUGAUACUGUAACUGAGCCGUCUUCCUCUGAAACGUCGGAUUCUCCUGAAUCUCUUUCUACGAAACCUGAGAGUAUUACUCCUCACGUUACUACAAAUAUGGAAUUGGAAUCUACGACACCGAUGUCGAUAGAAACUACAUUAGCCAACGAAGAGAAGUCUGACGAAAUGGAUAACGACGCAUCUCUGACGGUAAUUCCUUUAACGCUCGAGAAGGAUGAAUCGUCGCCAUUUGAAGAUCAUUCGGAAUCAAGCGUGACGGUAAUGGACACAACGACGAGAGAAGACGAUGAAAAUAAAAUGACAACGAAUUUCAUCGAAAUGGAUAGAACAAGCACGCCGAAGAAUGAACAAGUUCCUGAGACCAGCAUGUCACACGAUGAAUCUGAAUACACUACGAUGAACAUAAUCAACGAGAAGUCUAAAGAAUCCAGCACUCAAUCUUCAAUGUCUGAAGAUGAGUCAACCACGAAUUUCGGGACAACCCUUGUAACAGAGACCACGUCAGAAAACAUGUCUGAACUGAACUCAAUUAUAGAAACAACUAGUGGCGAACCGAAGUCACUGAACGAUUCAGUAUUAUCCGAUGAAUCUGUUUCGGUCCGACCAGAGUCAAGCUCGCGCGAAGUCAAUGAGACGAACGUCAUCGAGCACAUGCCGACGACAGUGUUUCCCAAACUGCCAAAGAAUUUCGGUCACAACGUGGAACCCUUGAUAGAGCCGCUUAAGAACGAAACGAGCGACGAGCACAUCAUGCUGAUACCAAAAAGUGAGGAAGUUGCUGAUCCUCAUGCAAUCAUUCCUCAGUUAAUCCCUGAAGCGAGUCAAACUUCGAACGGUUCGACGGUGGAGAACAAGAUCGAAGCUUCCACCGAGUCUUCUGUAGUUUUACAUCCUUCCACGUCUCGAUUAGGAGAAAACGUGGUUUUUGAGAAUGUAGAACAUUCAACGAACCACCCUUUGCACCCAGCCGUGUUUCCCGAGAACACGGUCGAGCACACUACAGAGAAGUUCGAUCCUGCUUAUGAUAAACACGUAGACGACAUGUCACCGUUCCUGCCGGAUGUCCAAAAAGAAAAGGAAGUGAAGAAGGCGCCCAGAUUGGACAAGGACGAACAGGACGUUCCGAAUCCAUUCGAGGGACACGUGGAAGACGUGGUCACAUAUAAACCUUUAGUAGAAACUUCCACUGAGGCAAAAAUUAAUACCAGUGAACCGAAAGAAUCUUUAAACGAUGUUCAUUCAGAAACGCAGACCAUCAAGUCGUCUGAUGAAGGUGACAAAGUGACGAAUGUCGAAGUUGGAAAUGAAGUCGGCCGUAGUUUCAACGACCUCAAUAUUAACGGCACAGAACACGAGAUUCAAAGCGGACUGCACGUUUAUGAUAACAAACCAGAAGUAAAUGAAAAUACUGAAGAAGACGAAGAAGCGUUGAAGGUGGUACCAUUAGAGGAACAGUUCAAGGAAGCUGAGACCACUGUGAAGGUGGAGACAACUGCAGAGCCUAAUACAGUCACGAUGAUUCCAGUGAACGAAACCGAAAUUAAAGAUCCAGUUGUAACUAAUAUUACAAUUGAUAAACCAGAAGAAAACGCUGUAGAAGAUCAGUACAAUGAUAUAAACGACGACACGGUGUACCAGCAACCUGACUCAAAGAUUCAUAAAAAGAUUGAGGACGAGUCUAAGAAAUUCAUUAUUAAUCAAGUGGAGUCAAUUAAGACGACAGAAGAACCGGUUACAAACGAUAAAACGAAUGUUACGACGAAUGACACUGAAGUUACGAUGACUACAAUUAAAAAUGUACCGGAUAAACAUAUGGAAGACGCGAAAUUCACCACGCAGAUACCAGUACUGCCACUGGAGAUACAACAAGAUAUGUCGACUACUGAGAAAGUGGAAAGUACGACAGUAGAAGAAAAUCAUCGUAAAGAAAAUAGCACGGAACAUCAGAAUAUCAGUGCUCACAUCGGUUCUGAAGACGUUACCACGGUUCAGACCACGCACAUGUCGAUGGAAACCAAGACCACGGCUCAGGUUCCAAUACUACCAGAAGAAUUGCAAACUACUGAGAGCGAAGCAGUGUUGACUACGUCCACUGUGAAAUCAGAUACUGAGACGAGGACUGCUGACUCUGAUAUGAUCGAAGAAAAGAAUUCUACUGUCGUUAAUAAUAAUAAUAAUAAAACCGAAGAGAUGGUAAUUAGCACGGACCGACAAAUAAUUCGAAAUGAUACGGAAAUUAAUAGCACUUUGUCACAAGAAAACGUUUCUAUGAACAUCACUAAUGCAAAUGAGGAAAAAGAAAAUGCAACAGAAAAUUCAGCGAUCAGCAGUGAAACUACAGAAUCGCAAAAGUCCGAACAAAUUUCGAGCACGACGGAGAACAUCAAGCCAGUUACUGAAAUAUUAGAAGACGAUACUCUUCCAGUAACGUUUGAUUACAGAACACGUUUCACUACUCCUACACCGAAGAUAUUGCCCGACAUGGACGUAGGAGAAUUGUCCGAAGAAGAUUUAAGAGUGAUACCAUUAGAGAAGACUAUAGAAGUGAAGAAGAAAUCGACGGAUAAGAAAUUGAUUGAUAAAUAUAAGUAUAAGAAGGAGAAGGAAUUGAACUUCGAGGAGGACGAUGAUAAGAACGUUUUAACAGAAAUCCCAGCUACCAUAUAUUCGACAGAUCAUGAUUUGAACGUAGUUGGGACGGACAACAACACGGAAGUGCCGGCGUUUAUAGAAGCCGUGCCAAAAUUAAAAAUUAUCGAGACGACCAAUCAGACGGGAAGUUCCAUUAAUGAAACUACCACAAAAAGAAGCUUUAUCCCUGUUUUCGAAGAAAUAACGGAAAUAGAACCCGUGACAGAGCCGUUCUUUCGAAACUUCUAUCACCACCGAUCGACCGUGGGCUCGGCGACAGAAAAUCCAUCGAACGAAUCAGGCAACGAGAGCCACGUAGCAAUCAGUGGAGAAUCAGAUAACGUAAAAGUGAACCAGACAGGCUCGUGGCCUUCGGUGCUUCCUACGACACGUUCGUCCGCUGCUUCAAUUUCUCAAGAAGCGAACGUAAACCAGAUUGCGAAAGAUGCGAGCAUCGUACCUAAGCAGACUAAAUCGUCAGAGGAAAGCACCAGCCAUAUCGACGUUUCCUUUUUAAAUCUACCUCCGAACGUCGUCUUUUCUAAAUGUACAGCUGGUCAAUUCCAGUGCGUAAACGGAACGUCCAGAGACGGAGCAUAUUGUGUGCAAUUAUCAGCCAAAUGCGACUCUGAGAAUGAUUGCUCGGACGGUUCGGACGAACUGAAUUGCCAGAAGGAAGGCUGUCCAGGAAAUUUCCAGUGUGCCAGCGGCCAAUGUCUAAAAAGAGAUCUGGUUUGCAACAAGAUAGUCGAUUGCGAUGACGGAAGUGACGAGGCUUAUUGCGAUCAAUGGAAAUGCCAGUUCGACGAGUUUAAAUGCCCCAAUGGAAGAUGCAUUCCUGGUAUCUGGCAAUGCGACGGGCGGCCAGAUUGCGAAGAUCACCGGGACGAGUACAAUUGCGCGGAAAGUUGCGGGAACGACGAGUACCUCUGUCCAACAGAAAAAUGGUGCAUACCGUUGACUUGGCACUGCAACGGAAUCAGCGAAUGCGCCAACGGGGAGGAUGAAAAAUUAUGCGAUUGUGCCCUCGAUCAGUUCAAGUGCCAAACCGGAGGCUGCGUGGCUGCCGACCAGGUCUGCGACGGUAUCGAACAUUGCCCGGAUCAUUCUGACGAAUGGGGAUGUUUAAUGGUGAACAUGACCAUGGAAAGAAAUGCAACAGAUGGAGAGAAGAAAGACAGUGACAAUAGUACGGCUCAGGAGUCGAGCGAAAGUCCCUUAUUAAAAAUAAGACAACACAACGGCGAAUACCGUCUGGUUUGCUCCGACGGAUGGACCGAGGAAUUCAGCAAUUCCUACUGCCAAGCUUUAGGAUUCGCUGGCUCGGAGAGCACGGAAUUCCAAGGAUGGAACAAAACUCAGAAGAUCCUUCGAUUAAAACCGAAUUCUAAUCACCGUAUGCCUCUGGUCACGAAUUUAGAAGAACAGGAAGAGUGCGUUUCGGAGAAAGUCGUGCAGGUAUCUUGCCAAGAAUUUUCCUGCGGUUCGCACUAUGGCGAGGGACCAACGGCGAGACUAGUCGGUGGAACACCAGCCAGUGAAGGACAAUGGUCCAGCGUGGCUCUGUUAAAGGAACCAAAACACGGUGCUGCUUGCACAGCGAGUAUUCUGGGACCAAUGCACGCACUCGCUAGUUACUCAUGCAUCCACAGAUAUAAGCAGAGCAAUGGAUGGCAACUUUUCACGGGUGAAAAUCUGCUGAAGGCACAUCCCGUGAAAAACAUCAUUCCCUAUCCACAAGUAAAAUACAAUCAAUUUUUAUACAAUAAUGACAUCGCGUUGAUAGAGUUGGAGAAGCCUCUAACAUUCUCGAGGAACGUCAGCGCCGUGUGUCUCCCCAAACAGCGUAUUCAGUUGAGACAGAUAUGCGUAAUGGUAGGAUGGGGAUUCUCCCCGAACGGUGAAGUGGACUUACAGAGAUAUCUGAACUUCCUGCCGUUGCCUACGUUCGAUUCGGAGAAAUGCAAUGCAACUAGCCAUUACGCAGGAUUCAUCACGAAGGACAAUAUCUGUGCAGGAUUCACCGACACAGACAAAGGACCUUGCUACAACGACGAAGGAGCACCUCUAAUGUGUGUCAGUGAAUCUGGUGGAUCCGCCAGAUGGGAGAUUCAAGGGCUGCUGAGCCACCAUAGCAGAUGCUCCAGGGGCCACCCGGCGAUCUACUCCAGCGUGGAGCCGGCGUUAUCUUGGCUACGGAAUUCCGUGCCCGCUUUGCAAACGCAAAGUUAAAUCUCGAUGGAAGAGAAUGCGCGAUUAAACGAGCUACGCGCUAAUCGAAAGGCAAUUUGUCGGAGAGAGGAACCGAUCGAGCAUGGGAGUUCCUGCGGAAAUUGAGAUGAAAACGAUGUACUUAAGUUAUAAUAUCCGUCUGUUAUUUCAAACAUGUUCCUAUUUAAAUACCAAGAACGCGUUCGACGGAUAGCAAUGAAACGGCGGCCAUAAUUCGUUUUGCAUCGGAAAAAGACGUCUCGGAAUGCAGAUGAUCGUUCUUUUUUUUUUUCUACGAUAUAACGCAAUAAUACGCGGCAAGAAACGCGAGAUGAUGGAAGUACAUAUAAUUGGCGAUACAGGAUACUUAUUUACAAUUAAGAAGAAUUUGUAAAUACUGUAUAAAGUGACUGUUUAAUAUGCUUAACGAUGUAAGAGUGUUUCUUUUUCUACAGAUUUAUCGGUCUCUCAAGAAAUGCUGUUUUAUAGGCAUGAGAAAUUCGGAACGUUCAACGAGAUCGUUCGUUCCGCUGAAUAAUCAAUUAUAUAACUGUGUCUGAAACAAAUUCUUGCUGACAUCCGCAGUUUCCUGUUGCACCGAAGCUGCAUCAGCGAAAGUGCAAUGUGACCGACGCGUGUUCGUAAGAAUUGUUUAAACGCGUAUAAAACGAAAACUGACUAUUUAUUGGAAGGCAAGAGACUUAUUUAAAAAGAAAUAAAUACAUGCACGCAAUUAUCCAUUCAAUAAGUUUGUCUCAGAGAUCCUAAGACACGUUUCUAAAGGAUUCCUGAAAUGAACGAUGACGUAGGCUAAGAAAUAGGUAGGACAAAUGUAUAUAAUACAGAAGUAUUUUAAAUAAAAUACAUUGUUACGAA